GUGUUGAGUUGGCGAGCUUUGUGUGCGUUGUUUUGUGUGACCGUUGCCCAACGCUCUGCAAUGCUGCCUGGCUUUUCUUUGCUGUUCUUCCUCUCGUCCCUCGCUGCCUCUGCUUGCGCAGUUCUUUGCUGAUGAGCCACUGAUGAGAGAGGACGUGCCUGUCGCCGCACAGUAGCGUACGAGUAGAGCAGUGCUGCUGAAGCGGAGGGAGAUGUGCCUGCCAUCUCCACCCUGGCGCUGGGAGACGAUAGCGUGCCCGUCACCAGCAGGUUUUUCCCGGUUGUAUAUAGCCCGGACUCUGUCUGUUCUUUGCCGUGCUCUUGAUGAUGUGGACUCUGACGCGGACCUCUGUGUGAUGCUGUUGGCGUGAGGGCGAAAUUAAGGCGAGAUUCGAGGGCUCCGUCUGAUCCUUCUGACCACGGUGUGUGUUCGGCACACAGCAACUUCAACAUGGGCGCAGCAAGACGGGCGGACCUUCGGCAUCUCUACGGGCGGCCCUUCGGCAUCUCUAUCGUCUUUUUCGUUGUGGUCGCCUUUCUUUAUUCGGUGUUUUUGUGGACCCACGUCGGACUGACGACGAGAGAAGGGGAUAAUACUGAUGACGAGAGAAGGGGUGUUGGGUUUUGAUAGCAGGGUUUGUGCUUGCUUAGCUUGCAGACCUGUCUCUCUAUUUCGUGCUUUCCGGUGACCGUUGGCAGCUCUCGUGCGUGUGUUGCUUGGCGGGCUGGCCAUGCCCAUGAUGGACUCGUGCGUUGCUUGCCUUGCGUGAAGGCUCGUACGGCAGAGAUUGAUCCUUCUGACCACGGUGUGUGUUCGGCACACAGCAACUUCAACAUGGGCGCGCCAAGACGGGCGGACCUUCGGCAUCUCUACGGGCGGACCUUCGGCAUCUCUAUCGUCUUUUUCGUUGUGGUCGCCUUUCUUUAUUCGGUGUUUUUGUGGACCCACGUCGGACUGACGACGAGAGAAGGGGAAAAUACUGAUGACGAGAGAAGGGGAAGAUACUGAUGCCAUUGCUGACGCUGUGUCAAGACAAGACGUGUGUGAAGUGAAGUGCAAGAGCUUGUCUUUCUGCUGUGUUUUUGCUACACUCUGCGGCUUGCCGUUGAUUGUGCACAAGUGCUUUUGCACCAUGUGAAUGCUUCUGUGUCGCUUGUGUACAGUCUUAUGUGCCCUGCUAUGUGCCCUGCUAUACUUUUCAGGCGUUGUGUUCAGUUCGCUCUUCUCUCUCUGCUGACUGCCCAUUCUCUCUCUGCGUGACUGUCCACCUCUCAGCUUUGCCGUGAGGUGAGAAGGGGUGUUGAGUUGGCGAGCUUUGUGUGCGUUGUUUUGUGUGGCCGUUGCCCAACGCUCAGCGAUGCUGCCUGGCUUUUCUUUGCUGUUCUUCCUCUCGCCCCUCGCUGCCUCUGCUUGCGCAGUUCUUUGCUGAUGAGCCACUGAUGAGAGAGGACGUGCCUGUCGCCGCACAGUAGCGUACGAGUAGAGCAGUGCUGCUGAAGCGGAGGGAGAUGUGCCUGCCAUCUCCACCCUGGCGCUGGGAGACGAUAGCUUGCCCGUCACCAGCAGGGUUUUCCCGGUUGUAUAUAGCCCGGACUCUGUCUGUUCUUUGCCGUGCUCUUGAUGAUGUGGACUCUGACGCGGACCUCUGUGUGAUGCUGUUGGCGUGAGGGCGAAAUUAAGGCGAGAUUCGAGGGCUCCGUCUGAUCCUUCUGACCACGGUGUGUGUUCGGCACACAGCAACUUCAACAAAGGCGGAUCUAUAUCUUUUGGUGCGGCCAGGAAGGGCGGGUUUACAGACGGCUCGCAGUGUUUUGAAUCCUGGCAGUAUUGGCUAUGGAGCGGCCCACGUGUGAGAGUGAGGUCGCACCCUUCAUCUCGCCCUCAGUGCCUGAGGAAGAAGAGGAAGAUGUCACCACACAAAGCCGAGGUCAGGGGAGCCAUGACGUACAAUACACAGAUGGAUGGCAUCUCCCGUGGUUUGUUUCCCCCGUGUGGUGUGCAGAAGUGUUGCGCCAGCUGCGCGGCGACACCGUCAGGUCCGUCAGGUCCGCCAGAACCGUCAGGCUCCUGACCUUUGCCGGGUGGUGCGUCUUUGUCGCGUUUCUGGUGCCCUUCCUGACCUUCGUCUACGCGUGGGAUGGCUGGAUGGGCGUGCUCCUCUUCUGUGUGAGCGUCACCCCGGCGGCCGGCAUCAUCUCCCUCUUCUACGCGGGCCACAGCCACGAGAUGCCCUUCGAGCUGCUGCUGGACAUGAUGUGGACGGGAUGUGCUGCAGCGCUGGUGGCGGGGUGCUUGAACGACAUCCGGCGUCUUGUCGGGCACGUGUUGGGCGUCUUCGACGGGUGCCAUAUCGAUGGUGACGACACGGACAGCAGCCAUCUGGUGGGGUACCCCAUCUUCUAUUGCCUCGCGGCGCAUCUGCUGUGCAAAGUUCUGAUCGUCGGCCUCUCUCAGGAAGUUGUGAGUCUAUUUCUGAGCAGGCGCACAUGUACUAGUGGAUGCGCCUUGCUGCGUCUGUGUGCUUCAGUGCAAGCUUCCCAUUGCGAUGUCGCGGGUGCGGCUGGAGGAGGCUGCGCUGCCCCGUGCGUGUGCGUGUUGGUGGAAAGUGGUCGAUACUCCGUAUGCGAUAGCACUGGUCGGCGUGGCGUCGGCUGCUGGGUGAGAGAGAAUACGCAAAAAGCACACGGACGUGAUGCAGUUUCGUCUGCUCGGACAACAUCAAGAGGAGUGUCAUCAAGCGCAGCCGCAUCAGCAUGGCGUCCGCCCUCUUCGUGGCCCUUAGUCGCUCACUUCUGUUCGUCCCCGGUCACAUCGCCAGCACCGGAUACGCCUCGUGCCGGCUCGCCAGAUUCGUAUUCUCCAGCCCCGACGGCGUACCCAAGAGUCCGUCGCUCAUCGAUUAUGCAUCAUUCCUGUGGCUGCCAGUGGUGCAACACACCAUCUUCCGCACGUCGCUGACGCUCGCCCUGCUGUACACGACCGACAGCUUGGCCCUUUGGCUCACGGCUACGCUCUCGAUGCCCACCCUCUGCGUCCUGGUGAUGGCCAUUCUGUUUGUCAGAGAGUGGCGGUCCCUCGCCAAGCUGCCCUUCUACAACCGUGCCACUGGCGGCGUGACGAUUGAGGUGCGUGUGAUUGGCGCACCUACGCAGAGCUGAGGCUCGUCGCAGACAGACAGACAGACAGACAGACAUACAGCCAAACAGACAGACAGACAGACCGGCUGACCGGCUGACCGGCUGACCGGCUGACCGGGGGGUUCUCUUGUCCACACAUCGCCUGUCUGACUUUUUCCUCCUGCAUGCAUCGCACUGGAUGGCACUUAAUGUACAGUGAUGGUGCGGAAUGGUGCGGCUACAUGGCUGCACGGACUUGCUAGUGAAUACGGCCGAUCUUACCGACCUUGGAGGGUGUUCGGAGUGCGUGUGCCUGUAUGUGUCUCUGUCGUACUUUGUCCGUGACCACUUCACCACUUCGUUGCUGGGUGAUGUACAAAGCUGGUCAGACACACUCUGAAGAAACACACACGGACAUUCGUCGCUGAGUCAGCCAUGC